UUCCAGUUUCAUCCAAGCUAUAAAUACUACAACCCAUCAACAUAUAUUCAUCUCUUAAUUGCUAUUAAUUUGCAAAACAACACGUCGUGUUCUGAUUCUUUUUAAGCCGAGCUCUUCUCAGUUGUGUCCAUGGCGAGUGGAUCUCCAAGAGGGAAGAUGGUGACGGUCUUGAGCAUCGAUGGAGGCGGCGUGAGAGGGAUCAUUCCCGGCACAAUCCUUGCCUUUCUCGAAUGCAAGCUUCAACAAUUGGACGGACCGCAUCAGAGAAUUGCAGAUUACUUCGACAUAAUUGCAGGGACAAGCACGGGUGGAUUGAUGACGGCCAUGAUUACAGCACCAAAUAAGGACGGUCGUCCAAUGUUUGAAGCAUGCGACAUUAAUAAAUUUUACUUAGAGAAUUGUCCUAAAAUAUUUCCUCAGAAAAGUCGCUGUGGCACGAUGAGUUCAACAGUAAAGCGUUUACGGGCAUUCAUGGGGCCAAAGUAUGACGGGAAGAAGUUGCGAUCCAUAGUCAAUGGCUUGCUCGGAGACACCACUCUCAGUCAAACCUUGACCAACGUCGUCAUCCCGACUUUCGACAUCAAGCAUUUCCAACCGGUCAUCUUUUCCACCAAAGACGCAAAAGCGAAUCCUCUGGAUAAUGCGCGGUUGGCGGAUGUUUGCAUCGGCACCUCCGCAGCUCCCACGUACCUCCCAGCGCACUACUUCAAGACCAAAGACGAGAGCGGGCAGACCCGUAGGUUCGAUCUCAUUGAUGGCGGGGUUGCCGCAAACAAUCCCGUAAGUGCAAAAACGAGAACAAGGGUCCGGACCCUGGUUGCUCUGAGCCACGUUGAGAGUGAGACCCUCUUGCUAAAUGAAGAGUUCGAGGACCUAAAUCUAAGAGUGACCGAUCCCAUACUAGUGCUAUCCCUUGGUACUGGGGCGGCCAAGCGUGAAGAGAAGUAUAAUGCAACCAAGGCAUCUAAAUGGGGACUCAUCCAUUGGAUCUUUCACAAUGGUUUCACUCCGUUAGUCGAUAUCUUCAACGACGCAAGCUCUGAUAUGGUCGACAUACACUUAUCUACUUUCUUCCAAUUCUUAAAAUGCAAGCAAAAUUACCUCCGAAUUCAGGUCGACGACUUGACCGGCAAAGAAUCAUCAGUUGAUGUUGCGACCCCAAAGAAUCUAAAGAAGCUCAUGGAAAGAGGGCAGAAGCUAUUGCAACAACCGGUGUCAAGAGUAAACUUGAAGACCGGUAGCUUCGAAAAGAUUGAAGGAGAAGGAACCAAUGCAGACGCGCUCAGUCACUUUGCAUAUCGGCUCUCCAAAGAAAGGAAGAGGCGAAACAAGUAGGAAUAUAUACAUCCGAAAAUGAUCUGUCGUCGUUCGUGAAGAUGCUCCUUAGAUGUAUUUGAGAUGGCUUAUAGAAUCUUGCACACAAAAUAAUAAUCUCAUGGAGUAAAGCUCUUCGCAAUAUUGGUAGAAUUUCUUUUGUCUCCUUCAAUCAUGAAAGCUUUUGUAAUUUCAACCGCAACGCAAUCUACUUGAGUUCCAGUA